CUUUAUUCAGCAAGAUCAGUUUUUGGAAUUGAAAGUUGAGGGGGGGGGUCAGGCGGCAGGUGGCCCGAGGCAUCAGGUGUGCAUGCUGGGAGGCAGGGAGAAAGAGGAGAAGAGGAGCAACCAGAUGAAUGAGUUCUGUGACACCGGGUUUUGGAUAAGGGGAGCGCAGAACUGUGCUGGGUCUCUAACAGCAUGUGUAUGUCAAGAUCAGACUUAAGAGCGGCUGCAGGAGGGAGAAAAACCUUUAUUAGUAAUCUGGAACUGGAUGCAAAAGAGGAGGACAAUGCAGUUGGACGAGAAACACUUUCAUUAGUUUCUCUUUGGAUUUAUGCAUGAGGGUAAUCAUUGAAUCUGCUGGACCAUGGCUGGCAAGCAAGGGAGGCAGUGGAGGUCCAUUUGCAAAGGCCUGGUCCUGGGGACCCUCCUGACCAGCUGCAUGAUCCUGCUGUACUGCCUCUCCAUUCCACAGAUCCACUUCAGUCUGCCUGAGGUUCCAGUGCCUUACUCUUGUGCCCACCGUCCAUCACAGCUCCACCCAAGAUCGACCACAAACAGCUCACAACAAACCACAGGCCAGACCUGCACUCCUAAAGUGGACGUCAUGUUCAUGAAGACCCACAAAACAGCCAGCAGCACCUUCCUCAACAUCCUUUUCCGCUUUGGGGAGAAGCAUCGGCUCAAAUUUGCCUUCCCUGACAGCAGAAAUGACUUCUUCUAUCCAUCCCUUUUCCAGCGCUCCCAGGUUAAAGACUACAGACCUGGAAUGUGCUUCAAUAUUAUUUGUAAUCACAUGCGUUUCAAUGCACCUGAGGUGGCCAAGUUGCUACCAUUGGACACUUCCUACAUCAGUAUUCUUCGAGAUCCUGCAGAGCUUUUUGAGUCAUCCUUCCACUACUUUGGCCGACUGGUGCCUUUUACCUGGAAGAUACCAGGUGACGAUAAGCUAACUGAGUUUCUGCGUGACCCCCAUUACUAUUUUGAUCCAGAAGGAUUCAACUCUUUCUACCUCAAGAAUCUGCUGUUCUUCGACUUUGGACAGGACAACACUCUAGAGCUGGAUGAUCCACAGGUAGAAGAGGGAAUAAGAUUCAUCACUGACCGCUUUCAGCUGGUCAUGUUGGUGGAGUACUUUGAGGAAUCACUCAUCCUGCUCAAGAAUGCCCUCUGCUGGGAGAUGGACGACGUGCUCUUCUUCAAGCUCAACGCCCGCAAGGGGUCCACUGUAUCUAAACUCACCCCUGACCUGAGAGCGAGGGCUCUUGAGUGGAACGCUAUUGACUGGAAGCUAUACCAGCAUUUCAACCAGACUUUUUGGAAGAAAGUAGAUGCAUAUGGACGUCGGCGGAUGGCUAAGGAUGUGGCAGAGCUCAAAAGAAGGAAUGCAGAAAUGACAUCAAUCUGCAUCGAGGGGGGUCGAGCUGUAGAGGCUGGAAGCAUUCAGGAGACGGCCAUGCAGCCCUGGCAGCCCAUUGGAGAGAAGUCCAUCCUGGGUUACAACCUGAAGAAGAACAUAGACAAGGGGCAUCGGAAAUUGUGCCGAAAGAUGUUGAUGCCAGAGCUUCAGUACUUAACAGAGCUUGGGGUCAACCUGUGGAUCACCAGGCUGUGGGGCCACGUCCGAGAUAUCAUUAACUGGUGACUAGACAUGUGAAAAAGAGGGGCCAAUUCAAUAAAGACUGUAUUUAAAGAAGAGGACUGUGUGGCUGAUAGAGUAAAAGGUUAAAGGUCUCUGUCACAUUUCAAUCUUAUGGCGUGUCUCAUUUUGUU